AUGGCUCUGUUCUCCCUGUUCUCCCUGAUCUUGCUGUGCUUGCUUCAACCUAGCUCGGGGGCCUCGAUUCCCGCGACGCCAAAAGCAAUUGUUUGCGCGGCCGAUUCACGUCAUUUCAUAAGCAAUGACAGCGACAGCAAUAUCUGGCCAUGGCAAGCCUAUCGAUCUUCCAGUGCGCAACCGCCCGUACUCCAGACGGACAGGACUGGGGAAGCAUUGUUUAACGGUCUGUUGUUCUUCGAUGUGGCCCCCGGCGCCGCCAUCACAGCCGCCAAGCAAAUAUCACCGUAUGUAAUGACCGAUACUGGAGAUCUAGUUUGGAGUGGACCCACAGGACCAUCCUACAACGUCCGCGUGCAAGAGUACAACGGAGCUCCCGUCUUGACUCACUUCUCUGGCGAAGGCACGGCUGGCGCCUCAGCUGUCGUUGGGCAUGGCUAUGGCGGCGUCAUUGUACGGGACACGAGCUACAAUGUCAUCGCUAGGGUUUGCCCGAAGCUCAACCAUUUCACGAUGGAAACGGGUGUCACUGCAGAAUGCCAUGCCGACUUGCACGAGUCUUUCAUCACGCCGCGAAACACUAUGCUAGUCACGGCAUACAACACUACCCGUGCCGACUUGACCAGCGUAGGAGGACCCAAGGACGGCUGGAUCCUGGACUCUAUGGCGGUCGAGCUGAACAUUACCACUGGGGAAGUACUUUUCCUGUGGAGUCCACUUGCCCAUUUGCCGCUUAAUAAGAGUCAUUUUUCCCUGGCCGGGAUCGGUGCCGGGCAAGGUCAUAAUCAAAGUGUACCUUGGGAUUUCUUCCAUAUCAACGCGAUUGAACUUGUCGGGGAAAACUACUUGAUCAACAGUCGCCAUUAUUGGAGCACUUUCCUUGUCAACCCGCAAGGGAAGAUCCUGUGGGAGAUUAACGGUUUGGACGGAGGGGAUUUCGGAAAGUUGCCAGAAGGGGCAGCGUUUUCGUGGCAACACUUUGCCCGUGUCCAGUCGAUCAACUCGACCCAAGCCGUGAUCUCGUGGUUCGGAAACAACAACUACCUCCCUGAUCUCGGCGACAUGAAGCCCACCACGGGCGUGACAUUACAGCUUACUCUGCCACCGGAUCCAUCGUCACCUCCAGUCCUCAUCACCAAUUUGACCGACCCUGCACUACGUGUCGAUGCGUGGUCCCAAGGCUCCUUCCUGCAUCUGCCCAACGGCAACAUGUUCAUGGGAUAUGGCUCGGACCCGGUCAUGGUGGAGUACGGCCCGCCCGAGAAAGGUGCGACGGUGGCCAAUGCUCGCUGGAGCGCGACCUUUGGCUACGGCGACCUGGUCUCGAGUUAUCGAUCCUACAAGCAGGUGUGGCACGCCACCCCUGCGACGAAUCCGGACCUCAUCGUCCUCGAGGCCGAGGCCAAUGACCAACUCCACUGCGCCGGGAAUUCCACUUACAGGGGAUAUGUCAGCUGGAACGGCGCAACCGACGUGACGGCGUGGAUGGUGUAUGCGGGCGCGACCAACAACUCGUUGAACGCGGUCGGUCGAGCGAUGAAAUUUGGCUUCGAGACCGAGUUUGCCGUUCCUAACGACGCCAUGUUUGUGCAAGUGGGCGCGAUCGAAAAUACUGGUAACACCGUAGUGCGAAAGUCACGGGUCGUGGCUGCGGGCAAAUAG